AUGUCGGCUAUUCCGCAAGAAACUUCCGUGCUGGUGAUCGGUGGUGGCCCAGCUGGCUCCUAUGCAGCCUGCGCUUUAGCUCGUGAGGGAGUAGACGUCACAGUCUUGGAGGCAGAUAUCUUCCCAAGAUAUCAUGUCGGCGAGAGCAUGCUUGCUUCUCUCCGUCCAUUUCUCCGGUUCAUUGACCUAGACUCUACAUUCGUGAAUCAUGGGUUCAAACGGAAGGACGGUGCAGCGUUCAAGCUCAACCAAAAUAAAAGGGAGGGCUGGACUGACUACGUUGCCGCCGGCGGGCCAGAGGCAUACACAUGGAAUGUGGUCCGUUCCGAGUCCGAUGACCUCACAUUCCGGCACGCGGGAAAAAUGGGCGCCCAUAUUUUCGACGGUGUAAAGAUUGAGUCUAUUGAUUUCAGCGGAGAGUCCGAUAUCAAAGUCCCUGAAGGCGGCAAAGUCGCAAAUCUCGGGCGUCCAGUUUCUGCAGACUGGAAACGCAAAGACGGUACCACCGGCACGAUUAAAUUUGAAUUUCUAGUUGAUGCGAGCGGGCGAGUGGGCAUAGUGUCUAACAAAUACUAUAAAAAUCGUAAAUACAAUCAAGGAUUGAAGAAUGUUGCGCAAUGGGGUUACUGGGAAAACACUGGUGUCUAUGCCGAAGGCACCCGGAGGCACAACCAGCCAUUUUUUGAAGCACUUACAGAUGCGAGCGGCUGGGCCUGGUUCAUCCCCCUACACAAUGGCACGACGUCUGUUGGCACCGUCCAGAGACAAGAUCUCCAGGUCGAGAAAAAGAAAGCAAUGGGUUCCCCAUCCCCCGUCGAAUUCUAUAAGGAAUCCCUGAAGCUAGCGCCAACUGGAUGGGAUUUCAUCAGCAAAGGCGAAUUGGUUUCGGAUAUCAAACAUGCAUCAGAUUGGUCUUAUAGCGCCUCUGCGUAUUCCAGUCCAUAUACACGCAUUGCCGGUGAUGCAGGUUGUUUCAUCGACCCAUACUUCUCCUCCGGUGUCCAUCUGGCCUACGCAGCCGGUCUCUCUGCCGCAAUGACAAUCCGCGCUGUCCAGCGCGGCGAUGUCGAUGAGCUCACUGCCGCAAAGUGGCAUUCGAAUAAGGUCGCUGAAGGGUACACGAGGUUCUUACUUGUUGUCAUGAGUGCCACGAAGCAGAUAAGAGGCGGCGAACAAAACAUCUUGAGUGAUUGGGACGACGAUGGUUUUGACCUUGCUUUCGACGCCUUCAGACCGAUCAUCCAAGGCACCGCCGACGCCGACGUCAGUGGAAAACUCACCCACGAGGAAGUAGUCAAGACCGUAGACUUCUGUCUCGAAGCCUACAAAGAAACCUCGCCCGAAGAGCGCAAAGCCGUUCUCGACAAAGUCGCAACCAUCACCGAAGGCAACAAAGGCGUCAUCGACGAAAAAGCGAAUCUCGAAAGCUUAACCGAAGAUGAAUUGAAGAUCCUGAACCACAUCCGCGCGAAGCAAAUGCUUAGAUUCGAGGAUACCCUCAAUCUCAAUCACUAUGGCGCUGAUGCUAUUGAUGGUCUCGUACCGAAUCUGAAGACGGGGAAAUUGAGCCUUGUUCCCGAAGGAUACAAUAGGUUGUCGAAAUUGGAGGUUCCGACUCUUGAUCUGUUGGAUCAGGUGAAGGAGAAGGAGCCUGAGCCGAUCUUUGCUGCGGCUUGA